AUGACAUCAAACACAAAAGAGCUCGACUCUGAACUCGAGUCUUUCCGACAGAAAUGGAUCUCGGAUCUUAAAACGAGGAAUGAACACCCGGAAACUGCUGAGGCUCUGGCUGGACCGUCAAGACGACCUCAUCAUGGUCCUAUCUCAUCGUUGCCACAUAAGCAUGUACCUGCGCCAGUGGAUGACGGUGACGAUGAUUAUGUGCAAAGCCGUGCCUUCGAUCAGGAUGAACCUGUAGCUCAAGCACCGCAGGAUGUUCAUCAUGAUAGGAAGGGAAAGAAACUCGUUUCUGCAUUGGACCAUUUUGAGGAGGCGAUGCACAAGGAGGAACAGGGUAAUAUGGGCGAUAGUCUCAAGCUUUACCGCAAGGCUUACAGACUUGACAAUGGUGUUGAUCGGAGAUAUCGUGAGAAGCACUUCCCCCAAAAGACAGCUCCGCGACCCGUUUCGCCAACAGCUACCAAAGCAUCAGCAGAGGCUCCUCAACCUCCCAAACCAGAAGAAGUUGUAGAAACAAAGCCUCUACCCAUAGGCGAACUCAUAGCCAGCUUCUCCGGGUUGAAAAUCGAGCCUGCCCCUCCUCCCAUCGAGGGCAUGCCAGAGCCACCAUGUCCCAUUGCCGAUCUCCCCGAUGAGAUCCUCAUUCACAUCCUCCGCGACGUCGCAAUCACAGAUGUCGGAGAAUUCGCCCGCUUGUCCCGCGUGUGCAAGCGUCUCGCAUACCUCGUUGCUUCAGAGCAGCGUAUCUGGCGCCGUGUAGCUCUUGGUUCAGAAGUCGGUUUCAGCUCGCAGAUAUACCGUUUCGAAAAGGGCGUUGAGUGGGACGAUCUACCAGAGGAGGAACAAGAAGGCCCUGAGAUUCAGGACGGUUUCGUAAUCAGCCCCUCUGAGCUUGAACAACGCAGACGCGAUGCCAAUAUCGCUUUCACUGAGUCUCUCAUACCCUCUGUGUAUCCAACCUGGAAGCAACUGUUGCGCUCACGACCGCGAAUUCGUUUCAAUGGUUGCUACAUCUCCACAGUCAACUAUGUGCGCACUGGACAAGCCUCAACUAAUCAGCCUACGUGGGGCAGUCCCAUCCAUAUCGUCACUUACUAUCGAUACCUCCGUUUCUUCCGUGAUGGCACACUCAUCAGCCUUCUCAGCACUGCCGAACCGGCAGAUGUCGUGCACCACCUGACUCGCGAAGAGCUCAACGUCCAUCGUGGUGUUGCACAGCCUCAUCUCCCCUCCGCCGUCAUGGCACUCGCCCUUCGCGGUCGCUGGCGCCUGUCCACUGCUGCUGAUCGCGAUGAAGGCUCUGACACAGACCGGCCUGGUCCAGCUACUGGCAGGCAUGAUCGAGACCGUGAUCCAGAAGGUGAUGUGUUCAUUGAGACAGAGGGCGUGGGGUCCAAGUACAUGUAUCGCAUGGAUCUCUCUAUGCGAAGUGCUGGCAAGGGGUCCCGCAACAAUAAGCUUAUCUGGCGUGGCUUCUAUAGCUACAAUAAGUUGACGGAUGACUGGGGCGAGUUUGGCUUGAAGAAUGACAAGCCAUUCUUCUUCAGCCGCGUUAAGAGUUAUGGGUUUGGUCAAGAACAUAUUGCAUAG